CUUUCUUAUUCCCUCUCUUCUUCUCUCUGUUUCUCUCUCUCUCCCUGUACAAAUCCUCUCGUUGGGCUCCUUCAUCGGCUGCUAUAACGUAAUAGAAACCCUCUUCAAGCUGCUUGUACCACCUAAGAAUCACUAUAAUGCUGGACCUAUCCUUGUUCAAUUGAUAUUUUGACUCACAAGUAUAUCAAUACCCAUUGACUCACUCACCCGCCCAGCCCAUUCUCUUUCUUGAGGUUUUAUUACAUGUCACUCUCGCACUUGAGAAAUAUUGUCAAAUUCCCCAAUAAACGUCCCACCAUUGUACUCACAAGACUUUCCACAAUGCUUCACCAAGCUAAGCCGUCCUCGUCGUCGGCAGCGAAGCCUGCUGAAAAGCUCAUAUUCGCUCCUGGUAAUACAACCACAACAAAUCCACCACCACCAUCCUCUGGAUCUACCAACUCCGUCCCACCACCAGCAGCCCAAGCCGCCCAAUUCCAACUUUCCGCCCUCCAACGCACCGACCUCUCCGAUUCACCAUUCCUCCAAUUUCACAAAUGGUUCACCGACCCAUCCCUCGCGUCCGAAGUGCCUGAAACCGUCACACUAUCGACCGCGGAACUGCCCUCUGGCCGAGUAUCUUCCCGCAUGGUCUAUCUGAAAGAACUCGAUUCACGCGGAUUUGUCAUCUACUCGAACUUUGGCACGUCGCGCAAAGCCGCCGACUUGGCUACUAAUCCCUACGCCAGUCUGUGUUUCUGGUGGAAAGUCGCGGAGCGGCAAGUUCGUGUGGAGGGGAGGGUGGAGAGGUUGUCGGAGCAGGAGAGUCAGGUGUAUUUCGACACGAGGGCGAGAGGGAGUAGAAUUGGGGCGUGGGCAAGUCGGCAGAGUAAGAUUCUUCAGCCGAACGGGGCUAAGGGAGAGGAGGAGGAGGAUGAUGAUGAUGGUCGUGCUGAGCUGGAGGCCCAAGUUGCGGAGGUGAAGGAACGGUUUGAUGGUCAGGAUCAUAUUCCCGUCCCGCCUUUCUGGGGCGGUUUGCGUGUUAUCCCGGACACUGUCGAGUUCUGGCAAGGUCGUGAGAGUAGAUUGCAUGAUCGGUUCCGUUAUUCCAAGGUCGAGGGGUCUGACGACUGGGAAAUCGUCCGUCUGAGUCCAUAGUGAGCUGAUUCAGACCAUGUACAGUUCGAAAAAGGAAAACAAAUUAUUUCCAAAGAUGCAUUAUAUUGGGGGGUUUCAACUAUACUAUAGGAGUUGAAUUCUCCAUCCUCCUCGUAAAGUCAGUCGGCUGUACCUCUAGCCAACUGUCUGGCCAGUCCACGACCUGGACCCGGCCGAGAUCUUUUUUCCAAGAUCUCUGUAUCUAGACCCCCCUAGAUCUUCUAUAUAGUGUCGAGUAGAGUGUAGCUUUUGUGUUCUGUUGGUACAUGCAUCCAAUGCUCCGCCCAGAAAUCUCACAAAGCGUUGUCCAGCGCCCGGCUAGAAUCCCAC